AUGGAUCUCGCAGAGCUGGACGCCCCUUCAUCAAGCGAUAUAUCAGCCAAGGAUAAUAGAGGAAAAACCGCUCUUCAUCUUGCCUGCUAUGAGGAUGCAGUUGAGAUUGUCCAGAUUCUCCUGGACCACGGUGCAAACCCAUCUGCGGUAGAUUGUGAGGGGCGCACGCCCUUGCAUGAGGGAUUUGGACGAAACACAGUUAUCCUACAGAAGCUGAUUAAAGCUGGCGCGGACCUUAACCCCCGACGGAUGCCACGAGGGUUGACCCCCCUUUAUUAUGAAGCUUGGCUGGGUCGAGAGGACGCUGUUAGAAUCCUUCUUGAGGCUGGAGCAGAUCCUUCUAUUCAAACAGAGACUGGGGAGACCAUAUUACAGCAAGCAAUUAAAGGGUCCCAUACGAAAGUCGUGCGGCUCUUGCUUGAUGCUGGGGUUGAUGUCAAUGUGCGAGAUUUCCGGUAUGGCGUUAAUGCUAUACUGACGGCUGCGAGUUGGGGAGCAGAUGAUUGCAUUCGACUGCUCCAGAGGGCCGGGGCGGAUGUUUUUGCAGUGGAUCACCGUGGAUGUAACGGACUGCAUUUGGCAGCUAUGGCGGGCAAGCUGUCAACUGUCCAGCUGCUUCUAAAAGAAGGAUUCGACAGCUCUGCAGAAGACGACCGGGGCUACACUCCGCUACGCCACGCAGUUGAAGGGAAAGAAAGGCAUUCAGGGUUUAUCGAUCGGGACUAUGAAGCAGUGAUCCGAAUCCUGGAAGAUGUGCAUAAAUCCCCAUUUUUGAGGCUUCUGCAUCGGAUUCGCCAAAUGCUACUCUACAAAAAGAGCUGA